AUGGCAGCACCUCGAGCCUCUUCUUUCAAGGCACUGCGCAACCUUCAGCGCACUCCUGGAUCGGCUUCGGCCAAACGGAACUUGCACAUUACUGGCGUUCAUGAAUCCCCGAGGCCUAUCGAUCCCAAUCACAAGACGACCUAUAUGCCAUGGAACCUACAAGACCUCCGUCAUGAGUGUCAGAAGCGGACGCUUUCGGCAUCGGGUACCAAGCACGAGCUCAUCGACCGCUUGGCUGGUCAUGAUAGCCUGCAAGCAAGAGCCUUCUCCAUUGCCAUGAAGAGGAUUGCAGUCGAACAGACCAGAAAGCCGGUCUCAGGUCCGUCUGAAACAGCGCCGCAGAGGCACUUCAAUACCUCCCGUGUCCUGAAAGCGGUGGGCGACACUUCCACUAUCGACUUUGCAUACCUUCCCAAGCUCUUUGAGGAGUCAUGGGGUCCUGCACCCGCUGCCAUUCGCGUUCCCAUCCUCCCUAAUAUUCAAUCCGACCAUGCCGAAGCUGUCCUGGAGAAAUACCCAGAGCUGGAUUCAGCCGCAGGCGGUUACCAAGAUACGCCGGGCCAUGAGACAAUCUUGAAGCCGCAGAUCUUCCACAAUGGGGAUUCGGAAGGCAGCGUGGCAAGUCCUCUGAGUGACGUGCACGACGGACACCCUACUGAGCUGUCAGUCGAGAUGCUCACCGCGUUGACGGAAACUGUGGGCAAGAGCGCCAGACAAUUCCUCGACCAGGUCAAGGACAAAGACGAGCAGACGAUCCGCAAGAUCUGGAGUGGCUUUCUUGACGAUGUCUUCGGCGAGAAGAGAAAGGGAGCCAGUGCAUGA